AUGGGUACCUGCUGUUCUUCUUUUUUUUCUUCCCGUAAUCAAACCCCCAACACCAUCGGCAAUCUCAGUUCAGGCAUUUCACAAACCACCAUCAGCAGCAGCAACACAACCACAGGCUCAGGCUCAACAUCAUCAGGAUCAAGCAGCAACAGCCAGUUCUUAGCACCAGGUGGCCAGAUCUUGCCCCAUCCCAAUCUCAAGAUUUUCACCUUCGCCGAACUCAAAACUGCUACUAGAAAUUUUCGAACCGAUACAGUUUUAGGUGAAGGUGGUUUUGGCAAGGUUUAUAAAGGCUGGAUCGAAGAUAAAUCCAAUUCAAAACAUAACAUAAUUGCCGUCAAGAAAUUGAAUUCUGAGAGCAUGCAAGGAUUGGAAGAAUGGCAGGCAGAGGUGGAUUUUCUAGGAAGGCUUUCUCAUCCCAACUUAGUGAAACUAUUCGGAUACUGUUAUGAGGGUACGGAAUUGCUACUCAUAUACGAGUUUAUGCAGAAAGGAAGCUUGGAAAACCACCUAUUUGGAAGAGGGUCGACCGUUCAGCCACUCCCGUGGGAUAUACGGCUCAAGAUUUUGAUCGGAGCGGCUCAGGGCCUAAUGUUUUUGCACACUUCCGAGAAACAAGUGAUUUAUAGAGACUUCAAGGCAUCCAACAUUUUGCUGGAUGGGUCUUAUAAUGCCAAGAUAUCAGACUUUGGGCUUGCGAAAAUUGGUCCUUCGGCUAGUCAAUCACACGUAUCAACACGGAUUAUGGGAACUUACGGCUAUGCUGCUCCUGAAUACGUUUCUACAGGACAUUUGUACGUGAAGAGCGAUGUGUAUGGUUUUGGGAUGGUAAUGGUUGAAAUGCUGAGCGGCAUGCGGGCACUUGAUACUGGCCGACCAGCCGCCCAACAAAAUCUGAGUGACUGGGUGAAACCGUACUUGGCUGACCGAAGGAAGUUGAAGAAUAUAAUGGAUUCACGGCUGGAAGGAAGAUACCCUUCAAAGGCCGUAGUUCAAAUCGCCCUAUUAGCCCUAACGUGUCUUGGACCCGAACCGAAAAGCCGGCCGUCCAUGAAAGAAGUAGUGGAAAAGCUAGAACAACUUGAUGCUAUGAAAGAAAGGGCAAAGGUACCGAGAGUACAUCAUUCACCAUAUCGACAUGGGCAACAACCCGCUUCGCAUCAUCGUAUUUCUCCACAACCACAACCACAACCACAAGCUCAAGCGAGAAAGCAGCGAUCACCAAUAACAAUAUAAUAAUUACAAUUAAUAUAAUAAUCCAUGAAUGCUGAAUUAACUGCCUUUCUUUUUCUUCUGGUAUGACUUAUGUAUGGUGUUACUCAUUUGAAUUGUUUUAUAGUUUAUUUCCAUCUUUGCACAAAUAACAAUAUAAUAAUUGUAAAU